AAACAUUCUGUUUGGGGAACGCACCCUCAAGCCGAUCAGAGAGCAAAUGGCGUCAUCAUCGGAUGAAUUGCGUCGAUUCUUGUGCAGAAAAUCAUGAAUUAAUGCCUGUUAAUCAAACAUAUUUGUCUUAAUAAUGUUACCAAACACUAUUUUUGAUCAGGAUUGAAAUAAUCAAGGACGAGCGGUCUCUGCCGCCAUUUAUUUAUAUAAUGAAUGAAGUCAAGCCAGAGUUGGUCACAACAAUGGCUAGUUCAUCAACCUGGGAUGCUUUACACCAAUCUGUACCUAUAACACAUUCAACUCCAAUGCCUCAUCCUAUCCACAACAUGCCGCAUGAUGGCUCGCAGCCACCUAUGGUCAUGCAAAACAUGGCAGUUCAUAUCCCAAUGAAAAUGCCUGACAGCCCAGCUGUACCUAUGUCACCUAAUGCUGCAAUGCCACUUCCCAUGGAACUAGUCCAACAAGGAUGGGAAAAGUGUUGGAGUAAAAGAGAAAACAGGCCUUACUACUUUAACAGAGUCACAAAUGAGUCUAUGUGGGAGAUGCCUAUGCCCAAACCACAGUUUGAUCCAAUUACAGACCCUUUAGGUAUAUGUGGACCACCCACAAACGGACCCAAUCAUAAUUUGGGUCUGAAAAGAAGAUCAUCAGAAGAAGGUGUAGGUGCCCCACCUCUCAAGAAAAUUAUGAUUCUACCUGGUCCUUGGGAUCUGGAAGUUUCUACAAACGUAGUAAUUUAUGAAAGACAACCAUCAACAUUACUGCACCCUCAUCCUGAAAUAGAGGCUUUUCGGUGCAGCCUUCUCAUGAAAUUAAGACAGUGUUAUCAAGAACUUUGCCAUUCAAGAGAAUCAAUUGAUGCUCCCAAAGAUUCUUUCAACCGCUGGCUCAUGGAACGUAAAGUCCUUGAUACUGGAGUGGAUCCUUUAUUGCCAUCGCAUUGCUUUCCAGAGAUCUCUAUGUGCAUGUACAAAGAGAUUAUGAAUGACAUUCCUCUCAAAUUAGUAAGACCAAAGUUUACUGGAGAUGCUCGCAAACAGUUAUCAAGAUAUGCUGAAGCUGCUAAGAAAAUGAUUGAUCGAAAUCCAUCUGCUGAGAGUAGAAAAAUUGUUAAGUGGCAAGCUGAGGACACCUUCCAGUGGCUCAGAAGAACAGUUGGUGCUACAUACGAAGAUUUUCAAGAGCGUUUAAAUCAUUUAAAAAAGCAGUGUCAACCACAUCUUGCAGAGGCAGUCAAGGGUUCAGUGGAAGGUAUUUGCCAAAAAAUUUACAAUCUAUCAGCUGAUCAUGCCAAGAAGGUGAAAGAAAAGCAUCGAGAUCUCCUAAAGGAACAGGGAAUUCAAGUAAUUGCACCACCUCAAAUGCCAAACUUAAGGAAGGUGUUAUGUUAUGCGGUGCAGUUUUCCGUGCCUUGCCCAAGGCUCCCACACAUAGAAUAUUUGCCAGAAAGAGAACAAACUGUGUUACGAUUUCAAGGUGAUGCUGUCACAAUAAACAAUACACAUUUACAGAAACUGGAGCAACUGUACAGAUAUAACUGUUUUGACGAUAAGAAAUUUGAAAUGUUUUUACCUCGUGUGUGGUGCCUCUUGAAGAGAUACAAUACAUUCCUUGGCUAUACUGGCCCAAGCAGUAGUUCAUCCAAUUCCUCAAGCUCUAACCAUGGAAUUUAUGAGGGACAAGCCACACAAGGAGCUCUUCCUAUCACUGUUAUGGAAUCCCUUCAUCGAACAUUCGGAGUGUCAUUUGAGUGUUUUUCUUCACCCUUGAAUUGUUACUUCAGACAGUUUAGUUCAGCAUUUGCUGAUACUGAUACUUACUUUGGAUCAAGAGGGCCAUUCCUUGAUUUUAAGCCAGUCAGUGGGUCUUUUGCUGCAAAUCCCCCUUUUAGUGAAGAAUUAAUGGAGGCUAUGGUGAACCAUAUGGAAAGAGUUUUAUCAGAUUCUGCUGAACCUCUUUCAUUUGUUGUCUUUAUUCCUGAUUGGAGGGACCCUGCACCUAAUGCUUUAUUGAAAUUAGAAGCAAGUCACUUCAAAAGAAAACAGGUUGUUGUGCCAGGCACUGAGCAUGAAUAUCGCCAUGGAUAUCAACAUGUUGUUCCUAAGAAUGAGUUGAACAUAAAAUGUCCUCAUGGUACCAUGGUUGUUUGGCUUCAAAAUGCUGCUGGUUAUCAGCAAUGGGGCCCAUCUGAAGACAGAGUUGAAGCUUUAUUAGAAGCUUUCAGACCAGGAAGAGAAAGGGAAAGGGAUCGGCAGGAGCUUCUCUCACCUCACAGGGCACCCUCUGAGAAUGUUCCUGCGCAGUUAGCACCAGCUGCAUUAAAUCCUCAUACUCCUCCUGACAAAGCGCCUGCUGAACUGCCUGUCUGACAAAGGUGUCCGGACUCCCCUGCAGAGGGGAGUCCAUCCUCCUCUCAGCAGUUAGAUGAGUCAAAACCGGUUCCUACAAACCCAGAAAUGUCUAAUCCGUCAGUACAAAGAAAUGUACCAUCAGCAAAGAGCCAAGAUAACGAAGAUAUUUCUAUCCCAGCAAGUACUAUAGCCUCAAAUGUGAUGCCUAAAGCAAAUGAGGACCAAAAUUCAGCAGUGCAAGAAAAAUGAAAAAGUGUUUGAUGUGGUUAUCCAAUGCUUGAAAAGGUCUUAAUCCUGAAUUCUCAUUCCAUUCUUUUCUUCUCGUUUGUUUGAAAUUGCUUACUAUGAAUGGGUCAAAUAUUUGCCAAAAUUCUAACCUUUUGCGUGACUAUUAUUGUUAAUUUUUACAUUUUAGUAUUUUUAAAAUUUAAAAAUGACCCUUUGUUCUGUUUUAUACUUUGACCUGCUCGGAAGUACUCAUAGUUAAAAUUAUCUUCAUUUGUGAACUGUUUGUGCAAGUCAAAUGAAUCUCACCGAAAUUAAUUUUGUCAGUUCCUCUUGUUUAAAUCCCAUACUAAAAUUGAAAAUGAAAAUAUUUGACCUGCUUUUAAUUGCUUAAGAUCUGCACCUACAUUGCUGUCUAACUCUCCUCUCAAAAUUGAAGCUUUUAUCUCAUCAUAAGGAAGCUCUUCCUUGUAGUUUAUUUGACAGGGCCUGGGAACUUAGGUUAAAUUUGUCGUAAACAUUUGUUGCUUACGUAAUGUAAUGAAGUCAUUUUCUUGUACUUGUUAUAUGCCGGUUAUGUCUUGGUAACAUUACAGUAGUCGGAAGUAUAUUCUUAAGUGAUAUUGUUUGAUAUAUUUCUAUUUGUAUGUUAUGAAUUGUGUAAACCACUUGCAUGUUGCAGGGACUCAAGUUAUAUGGUACAUAGUACAUAGUUGUGUAUAUAUAUGCAGCUUCAGUUGGUGUAUCAAUCCUCUUAAUAGGUGCGCUGUGAUUGGCAAAAGCCUUGUACAGUAUUUUAAAGUUGAGCUGCGCAUGAAUGUUUUAACCUUAGUUCAAAAAUAUGUUAGUGCUAUACCUGUAUCGAUUAGGUAGCACAGUAGGCCUAUUACCAGAACUCCAAAUUAGGAUCUAACUUUGGCUCAUAAAUUUGUUUUUACUUAACUUUGAUUUGGUACACACCAUUAUCCAUUAUUUGAUGCUAUUGUGUACCUACAUUUUCUUAUCAAAUUUCCCUUUUAUUUUUAGAUUGCUGCAUCAUGUGGCAGAUUCAUUUUUUAAUUAAUCAAUGUUUAUUGAACAUGGAUUUAUCAAAUUACUGUGCACAAUUGAAAUUUUCUUGCCUUUUUUAAAACAUGCUUACCAUAUCAAGCAAGCGAACAUUUACUGCUUCAGUUUGGUAGCUCUCUAGUUCAUUAGUAAGAUUUUGUGUGUAUUGACAUUAUUCUUUCCAAGUGUGUUGAUUUUGCUAAUCUCAUGAGGAUGAAAUUUUCUUGUCUCCUAACUUGUUGUGUUUUAUCAUGUAAAGAAGUUCAAUCUGAAACUUCAAAAUUGUUAAUCAGAGCCAUUGUUUAAUGUCUUUUUAAUUUAGGGAGCUGGUGAUGGCUGGUUUUGUUGUACUGUGAAAACCAGAGAAAAUUGGAGGUGCAAAUCUUUCAAUAUUUUGGAAAUUUAAUCCGUAUAAUAUGCUUUCUGGUCAUCAAUAAAUUCUAGUUUGUAAUUAAUGAUUUUAAAAUUUUACUGCAUUUACUUGAAUUCAGCUGGCACAUUCAGUUUUUUGUUCUGUGAUAUGUCAUAUUUUGCAUUUGGGUCAAGAUAUUUGGUCAUGGUUACUGUAUUUCCACAUUUCUUGACAAAAUACUUAACCAUUAUGAUGUGUCUAGGAAUUGAAGUAAAUUCAGUACACCACAAAGACUGGAUUCUAACAUAUACAUUUUUAAAGAUUAUUAUUCAUUUCAUUCAAUUUAUGUGCCAUAUGUAAAAAUGUGCAGUGUUUUCAUUGUUUGGUUAAAAGUAUUUUUGUGGAGGUCCCAAUACUUUCUGUACUUUUUAUCUUAUUUUCCCUUGUCCAUUAAAUUGAUCCCUUGCCAUUCAGGGGAAGUCCGAGAACUCUUGCUCUAUUUUUUUAAAUCAAUAAGCAAUGUGAAUGAGAUCUUUGAAUAAAGAAAACAUGUGGAGGCAUAGAAUGCAAUUGCUGAUAAGUUAGCUGUGAGCAUCAUGGUUGAAGAAUUAUAAACAUCAACUAGAUUGCAUCAAUAUGGACAGUGAAUGAUUCGAGGCACCAGAUGUCAUAGUUUUUAUUACGCUACUGCAUUGUAAGUACUCUAAUGACUUGUCCUGAUUGAUAGCACUUUUUUAGGAUUUUGCAGUAGUGUACUUUAAUUAUUUUCACAUGCAACUAAAUUAACAUCACACUAUGAUUGAUAAAAGCCAUGUCAUAUUUUAUUCAACAGGGCUUUUCUUACAGUCUUUGUGGUCUAUUUUCCUCUUUCUCUUUUUGGAUCUCAAAUUUAAAUCUACUUCCCCUACACAUAGACCUAUAUUUUUUGUGUCCUUGUAUCAAUUUGAUGCUUAGGUUCAGUCUCUCACAUUCUGACUUUGUCAUUGGGCUGAAACCACACAUGGUUCUUACUAAGGACACUGUUGUUGGAGCCUGUAAAGUUCAUGUCUUUGAAAUAACCGUCCCUCUAAAAGUCCUAUGCAUCAGAGUGGUCUUAGCUUCAAUCUCAUUCAAUGUGGACCUUAUUAAAUAUUAUGUAGUUUCAUUUCACGGCUAUGAAGUGUAAUUCAGACACUGCAGGAGAAAAGGCUUUUUUUUUUGUUUGCAAUUUGGCAUCUGCAUUGUUGCUGUUUGUUCCACUUUAACUUAAAGAAAAUAACCUUUGCUCCAUGAAUGUUGUACCUGAUAUAUAAACGCAAUGAAUAUCAAUUUUUUUAAAUGCAGCGUUUUUACUCUGUACUUCUAUGUAACAUUUUGUUUACUAAUGUCAAUGACUAUAUGUAAAUAUUGAGACACAUGUACAAAGAUAUGGAAGAAUUAAAAUAACCUUAUGAGAAACA